GGAGGAACAUGAGGACUAAUGAUUUUGAAACAGCUCCGCAUUUGAGAGCCUCUGUCAUCCUAGACGGCAGAUAUCGAUGUUGGCAAUCGUAUCAACGGGUUACGCAGGGUUGUGAGUUAGCUAGCCAUGGGUUGAUAACUAACGAAGUAAAAUGGGGGUAUUUUGUCCGUCUCGCCUCUCCACGUUCUUCGCGUUAAAAAGCCAUUCCCAAUUUGCCAGAUCGUGCGCUAUAGAAAACAAUGGGAGACCGGCUAGACGGUGGUGCUGAAGAAGUGGUCCAGGUGUGCUCCGUUAUAGCAAGGCAUUUUGACUACAAACUUUGAGAGAAGUCCGACUUAUUUCAGAUACUUUCUUGGUGUCUUUUCGGGUGAAAACGCAACCUCUAGAACUAUUUCCUCUCUCGGGUCAUUCGUGUGUCAGAGGAAGGAACGUUCAGCACCAAGUUACAGGAAAGCGCCCUGGUCAACGCGACCUAAAGUGGAGUGGACCAAGCUUUACAAAGUGUCUGUAAACCUGGUUCGAUGGGCUCUGGAGAUCACAGACGCAGCCUAGUGGAGAUCCUGAGGCAGGGCUAUGAGGGGCCGGAGGAGGAGUCCAGGGCCCUAGUGGAACUGGAGAAGAGCCUAGGUGCCGCCCAAUGAAGAUGGCAGCACGCCCCCACACUGGCAGUGAGAUGCCCCUGGAGGAGCUGCUGGCGCUGUAUGGCUACGAGGUGUCUGAUCCCCUCCUACAGCAGGACAGGGAGCCCAAUGAGCUGUCAGCCAGUCUGCCUGACAUGACACUGGACAAGGACCAGAUAUCUAAGGAUCUGUUCUCAGGAGAAGAUGAAGAGGAGUCAUCAGCUGAUGACCUCACUCCCUCUGUCACCUCCCAUGCCUCCGACCUCCUCCGCCGCCACCUAAGAGCCCAUUCCCUAGCAAGUGGAGACAAAGGCACCUUAGUCAGCACCUCAGAAGAAGACUCAGACAAUGAUGACGACACCUCCAUUCCCUCCAAUGAUGGACGCAAGGACAUCAUGGUGGGCUCAAUGUACCAAGCCAAAAUCCCUACUCUCAGCCUAUACUCAGACCAGGAGAGAGUCUAUGAGAAUGAGGACCAGCUCCUGUGGACCCCAGACAUGCUGUCAGGUCAUGCUGUAGAGGAGUUCUUACUGAGUGCCCAGAGAUGGGGAGGCCAGGAGGGCGCUAAAGACACGCUUAUCACUGGGGAAAUAAUCAAAGACAAUGAUCAGGCUCUUUAUGAGCUGGUGAAAUGCAGCUUCAAUGCAGAGGAGGCACUGAGAAGACUGCGCUUUAAUGUGAAAGUGUUCAGCGAGGAGCUGUGUGCCUGGAGCGAGGAAGAGUGUCGAAACUUUGAACAUGGCUAUCGAGUUCAUGGGAAGAACUUCCACCUCAUUCAGGCCAAUAAGGUACGCACACGGUCAGUGGGGGAGUGUGUGGAGUAUUACUACAUGUGGAAGAAGUCGGACCGCCAUGAGUACUUUACCCAGCAGACCACCAAGCUGGGUCGCAAGAAGUACAGUCUGCAGUCAGGGAACAUGGAGGAUGGAGAGCAGGAUGGAGAGGUUGGGGAGAUGGAGGGGUGCUCCCAGAUUGAGCCCCACUCACCCCCACCAGUCACGGACGUGGACAAGCAAGAGGAGGAGGGCCGACCCCGUCGCAGACGAACGCCGCGCUUUCUCUUAAAGCCCUGAGCUCACUACACACAGGCCACUCUAAUCAGGCAGGGCCACCAGGUAAAGACUCUAACCAGAC